AUAAUAAUUUAUUUAGAGGGAAAACCUGACGUCAAACGACAUUCGUUUUCUCAGCAAACGCAAAAUCCCAGGUAUGUUUGACUCAUCAGCCUUGCCGUAGUUUGGAGUCCGGAAACAUCACGAACUGGAAACGCAAAAAGUUUUUCAACAAACAAGAUGGCUGAAUAGCCUAUUUCAUCUGGAUCUCAUCCAUAAUGUUGCCUAAAUUCAAGUGUCCCAGUCCACUACAAAACCUACACAAGCUUGCUACUGUCAGUGUUAUAUCUGAUCAUUGAAUCAUGAGUCCCCCAGUUGACUGUUCAGGAGGAUCUGUUACUGCCUCAGCCACUGUCUCUACACAGCCAUGUCACGCCUGGAGCCGGAGGAGGAGAGUGGGCCUGGGCACGAGCCCAGCAGGGAGGUGGACAUGUGGUCGUCAGUGCGUUGCCUUGGUUACCUGUCCAGUUUCAACCUGAUGGUGGCGGUAUGCCUGGGCCUGUAUGUGCGCUGGGAGCAGACAGACGAGCCCAUGAUCCUUGUCAUCUUCAUCCUGGGUCUCUUCGUCCUGGGCAUCGCCAGCAUCCUUUACUACUACUUCUCCAUGGAGUCAGCCAGUCUCAGCCUCUUCCACCUGUGGUUUGGCUUCCUUCUGGGCCUCCUGUGCUUCCUCAAUAGUCCCUCGCUGGAGGAGAAUGUGAAGGAGCAGGCUACUAACUACCUGCUGCUGGCUAGUGUGGCUUUGAGGACGGUGUGGGCCUUAACUGAUAGGAUAAUGGGCUGCGUUCACUAUAAACCCACCUUGCUCUUGUCCGAGGAGCUCCUAGAACUCCUGGGCUUUGGAAUUGCCAGCACCACCAUGCUGAUGCACAAAUCUAUUGCCCUCAUUGCCCUAGUGGUGGCGCUGGGGGCUCUGAUCGUGAGCCUACGUGUUAAAUCCCUCCUAGCCCUGCCCAACUUGGCCUGCUUUGCCCUGGUCACCUCUCUGCUGUUCUUCAAGGCCGUGGGGAUAACCACCAAUCCCUUCGCCCUGGGCUGCUACCUGGGCCGUCUGAUAUGUGACCCCCUCUUGGACGUCUACUUCAGCAGCCUGGGGGCCACCGAGCGCUGGCUGCCCCUGCUUUCCUGGGGACGUGUCUGGCGUCGACUCUCCCUGCUCCCUCUAGGCCUUGUGGAGAUAGCCUUCUUCAUCCUAGCCGCUCUAAAGAUGAGCCAUCUAGAACUGUGGUACCUGGUGAUCCCUGGAUUCUGUGUGUUUGGCCUGUUUUGGACAGUCUGCCAUGUGGUGCUGGUGAUCACACUAUGGGGCUUCCACACCAAGCUGAGUGAAUGUCAGAAGGCGUGCUCGAUCCAGCAGUCAGACACACGCAGCCUGGACCGGGUCAUGGCCUCGCGGGGGAUGAGACACUUCUGCCUGAUCUCUGAACGCCUGGUCUUCUUCAGCCUGGUGUCCACAGCCAUACUGGCAGCUGUGUCCUGGCAGCCCUCAAAUGGUGUGUUCAUGAGUGUGUUCCUGGUGGUUCUCCCUCUGGAGUCUCUGGCCCACGGGCUCUUCCAUGAGCUGGGCAGCUGCCUGGGGGGCACAUGUGUGGGCUACGCUCUCGUCGUCCCUACCAGCUACAGCAGCCCAGACGGCCAGCCCACCCUCCUACCUCCGGACCAGGUGCAGGAGCUGAACGUGCGCUCCACGGGCAUGUUGAACAGCGUGCAGCACCUCUUCUCCCACCACAUGAUCAAAACGUUUGGCUGUGACUACUCCACCAGCGGGGUGACUUUGGAGGCCCUGCAGGCUAAACUCAAGGCCUUCCUGGAGCUUCGCACGGCCGACGGGCCCCGCCAUGAUACAUACGUGGUGUUCUACAGCGGGCAUACGCAGCGCUCCGGGGCCUGGGCACUGGCAGGAGGAGACUCUCUGCGUCUGGAGCAGCUGCUGGAGUGGUGGAAGGAGAAGAACAGCGGCUUCACCUCCCGUCUCAUCCUGGUCCUGGACACAGAGAACUCCAUGCCCUGGGUAAAGGAGGUCCGCAGGACGGAGGGAGUCUACUUGGCCGUGCAAGGGGCUGGGCUCACCCCCGCUGGUGACAUCGAAGGCGGGGUCGCCCCCCGCCUUGGGGACUUCACCUCGGAGUGGGUGGAGUUCAACUGCAACCCGGACAGCACCACCCAGUGGUCGGAGAAGGACAGGGCGGUGGCGGCGGCCUACGGCGUGUCGAAACACUGGAGCGACUACACGCUCCAUCUUCCCACAGGGAGCGACGUGGCCGAGCACUGGAAGACCCACUUCCCCCAGGCUACCUAUCCUCUGGUACACCUAUCCAAUUGGUGCUGUGGGCUCAACCUCCUCUGGCUGUGUGGAGUGUGUCUGAGGUGCUUCAGGCGACUCAAACUGGGCUGGUUCCCUCCCAAUAUACUAGACACGGGACAGGGCAUCAAACUGGUCCACUCAUAGACUGACUGAGCUGCCUGUCUGCCUGGGAGAUCACUUGCCUGACCACUCGUCCUGAAUUGAAUUCCUCUGCUCUAUCAAUCGCUACCUACUUUAGUCUGAAGCUGUCAUCCUAGAAGUUGACUUCAAAACAAAUUCAUCAGUGAUUGGGUAGAUUUGUUAUAGACGAUCCAAUCAGAGAAUCGAAGUUGAUAACGUCAUCGGGUAGUCCGGCUCUGGCCCAACCCAUCUGUUUCUGGGGCCAAUCAGAUUGGUCAGAUUGUGUUCGCGUUCUAGAAAUCGUCAGGGGGGGAGGCAAAUCCAGACUCAUCGUGGAGAACAAACAUCAGUUGGACGGAGCAAUGUGGAUGGGUAGCCAGGCAAGGAGACCACAAUGGAGUUUCAGCAGGUAGCCUAGCGGUUAAGAGGGUUGGGCCAGUAACCGGAAGGUCGAUUGUUCACCUAGUCGGCUCGGGGAUUUGAACUAUCUUGUCGAUGUGGCCUUGAGCAAGGCACUUAACCCUAAUUGCUCAUGUAAGUUGGUCUGGAUAAGAGCGCCUGCUAAGUGGCUAAAAUGUAAAUGUGUUGACCUAUGGUAAGUUAUGUGUAGACAAUCACCAAUAGAAUAUGUAGUAAAGUACAGUCACCACAAUAGGCCUGCUUUCUAUGGUAAAGCUAUAGACAAUCACCGCAAUCAGUCUUAUUGCCAUAGACUUCAACCAUGCUAGUGUGGGCCUUGUAUCUAAAUGGUACAAGUAGACAAUCUCCACAAUAUUCUGUGUAUCUAUGGUUUACCGACAUCCACCCUAUGUGCCUUGUGUUACUUUGUGAAUUGAACUUUCUCGGGACAUUGUGCUUUAUUUUGAUAGUGUAAUAUAUAAUUAUUUCAUAAGUGUUAUUUUCUGGGACGAUUUUUGUAAAUUGUUUGUCAUGUUUAGUUCCCCUUUUGAAACUGAUACUAUACAGAUUUUACCAUUAAAAUGUCUAGCCAAAGAUUUUGGGACAAUUUUCAAGAGUUGUGUCUUGCCUUGCAUUUGGUGUUGGUUUCUGUUGACUGACUAUUUAAAAUGAUGAGACGAAAGCCUUAUUUUAGCACCCAAUUCUGUUCCAUUAGAUGGAUCAUCACAAAUGUGGUUAAUUCAUUGAUUUGUUUUUUUUAAAACAUUCAUUUUAUAAAUGUGCUGCAUCAGUGUGAGUAGGAGGAGGGAGUGUUGACAAUUGGUCAGCCUGACAGGAUCCAUAUAGCUGCAGGGAUGUACAGUACACAGCUCCCUGCCUGGCGCCACUUUGCUGGAGUUGUUUUGGAGUCAAAUCCACCGUUAAAACAAUGACUCACCACAUGUAGCCUAUCAUUGAAUCGCUGUGCCCUCAUUGGUUGCGAUGGCCAUGGUGACCCAUAUUGGCCAACCUUUCUGCUUCAUUUGGUGCUCUCUCUCGCUCUUUCGCUGCGAUGCUGCCUUUAUGAUACACUGUGAUGUUUAUGCUAAAAAUGUCCAAUUGUAUUAUUCUACAUAGAAAUGAAAGCUGAGCUUUUUGUCUCGCUAUGUAUUUGAUGUCCUGAUAAGAACCGAUGUGAUGCCUUAUCUCAGAUUAUGCUGGAAUAAUAAAGUGAAUAUGUAAAACGUUGCCUUUUGUAAAAAAAAAAAAUAAAAUGUAA